AUGUCGUCCAUUGUUAUAACUCCUUUUCUUUCUCUUAACUCCAUUCGCAUGGACUUUGGAGCCAUUGUUUCAAAUAUUGAUAUUCAAUGCCUUACUGAUGCUGACACGACCAUAGAUGCUGACUUUAACAUCAUCCAUGACGCCCUUUUCACCUACCAGAUUCUAGUCUUCAAGAACCAGCAUGGUGUCUCUCCUAGGGCUCAGUAUGAUCUAACACGCAGAUUCGACCCGUCGGGCACUUCGUACGGCCAUGGCAAAACAAUUGACGCCAAGCGUAGCAUUCUUCAUCCGGAUCUCAAGACUAUUCCCCAUCAACCCCAGGUUCAAGUCAUUGGCAAUGGAUUUGUUCCCGAGUACGAGGGCUUAAGAGAUAUACACCUGAAACAUCCACAUCACAAGACCUUUCACGCGACUUCCAUCCCGGCUAAUGAAGACUUGCAUUUUACGCGGUUCUAUAGAUGGCACAUCGAUGCUGCUCUGUAUGAACUUGCUCCCCCGGUGGUAACUACACUCCUUGCCGUUAAGGUACCACGCGGCCGACGCCAGGUUUGCCGGUACGAUGACGGGACUGGUGAUGAGUUGGAGGUUCCCCUAGGCACUACUGCGUUCGUUUCGGGCUACCUGAUGUAUGACCUUUUGUCUGAGGCUGAUAAAGAAUUUGCCCGUACGACUACGGUCGAAUACGCUCCUCAUCCAUAUGUAUGGAUCAGCAACGCAAAAUCCCGCUCGGACGGGCUAGGCCUGGUUUCGCAAGGGCUAGAGGUAACUCUCAAUGAUCUACCCCCUAUUGAAGACGACAAGAUCCAGAUUCUACCUCUGUGUUGGCGCAACCCAGUAACCAAAAAACUUGCCCUCCAAGUACACCCAUCUGCUGUCCGAAAACUCCACCUGGCCGACGGGACUGUGAAAGACGAUCUUGCCGAGGUCCGCGGAAUUAUACACCGGCUUCAGCGCCCUGGUAUUGCACCGCGGAUGGUUUAUGCUCAUGACUGGGAAGAGGGAGAUUUCGUACUUUUCCACAACCGCGGGCUACUUCAUUCGGUGGUGGGGGCAUUUGCCGAAGAUGAAGUUAGGUUAUUCAGGCAAUGCAACGUUGCAGCAAGUUAUUUUCCAGAAGGGCCAUAA